UAUGGCCAUUAUUUGCCUACUAUAUGGGCACGGCCUUGAGAGGUGUGACCUCGUGUUUAACUGGUCGCUCUCAGGCCAGUUUACUGCUCAGCAGGACGCGGUCGGUCAGGUCUGCUGGAGACGUUUACCUGAACAGGUGUUUGGUGGGGAAGGAUGCUGGAGUAUAAGGUGAGUGUGGUAACCGGGGAGAUGACGUGGGGAGGAACCAUGGAUAACGUCUUCAUCACUCUGAUCGGAAGUGAAGGAGAGAGCGAGCGCACACUCCUCAACAAACAAGGCCGAGACUUCGCCUCCAAUCAGCCGGAUAAAGAGUUCACAGUGCAGACCGACACCUCUUUGGGAAAGAUUGAUCUGAUUGGCUUGGAGAAGGAGCAGUACCUCUUCCUCUUUGAUGACGAUUGGUUCUGUUGCAAAGUUGUAGUCAAAACCCCAGACCAGAAAGAACUACACUUCCCAUGUUACCGCUGGAUCAACGAGAGACAGCUGGUCUAUUUAAGGGAGGGCACAGCAGUGACCCUGUUAAAGGAGACAAGCCCUUUGUUGAGGAUGUACAGAGAGCUGGAAUUAAGGGAGCAUCGGAAAACCUGCCAGUGGAGCCAAUUAGCUGAAGGUUUACCGCACACCCUGAAUGUAGACAACGUGAAGGAUUUACCUGCUGAUUUCCAGUUUACCUUCAACAGAACUCUGCACUUCUUCAUCACCUCCAACUUAUCGCAGGCAGAGCUGAAGAUAAAGUUUUUGGCCAAUCAAAAAAAGGCAUGGGAAAAUGUGGAGGCCAUUGGUAAAGCAUUUUUCUUCAACAAGACAGAUAUCUACACGUAUGUGCAGGAACACUGGAAGGAAGAUGAGUUUUUUGGAUAUCAGUUUCUAAAUGGAGCUAAUCCCACUGUGGUGCGCCAGUGCAGGAGACUACCAGAUAACUUCCCCGUCACUGACAGCAUGGUGCAGGCCUCUAUGGAGGACAGCUCUCUGACCACAGAGAUCAUGAAAGGGAAAAUCUUCCUGUGUGAUUAUGCGCUGUUGGACGGAGUUCAGGCCAACACGGUUAACCUGCGGCGGCAGUAUGUGGGUGCCCCCCUGUGUCUCCUCUACCAAAACAAAAAUGACAAGCUCAUUCCUAUUGCUAUACAGUGUAACCAGCCAGCCGGAGAGGAGAACCCGAUCUUCGUACCUGGAGACUCAAAAGAAGAUUGGCUUCUCGCCAAACUGUACGUGCGAGCGGCCGACUUCCUCAUACACCAACUGGACGCACACCUGCUGAGAACUCACCUGCUGGUGGAGGUCUACACCCUGUGCACCCUACACAACCUGCCCGCAGUGCACCCGGUCUACAAGCUGCUGAUUCCUCACACACAGUACACACUGCACAUCAACACUCUGGCCAGAGAACGACUGCUGGCCAAGGAUGGACUGAUUAUCAAGUACAGUGCUGUGAGUAAGGAGGGACUAAAUACGGUGUUGAGGAAAGCUCUGGACUCUCUGCAGUACAGCGCCCUCUGUCUUCCGGAGGACAUUGAGGCACGUGGCUUGAAGGACAUUCCAAACUUCUUCUACAGAGAUGAUGGCCAAGAAGUCUGGGACAUAAUUACCAAGUAUGUGGGAGGUGUGUUACAGUUUUACUACCCAUCAGAUAUUGAAGUGGCUGCAGAUGUAGAACUUCAGAAGUGGAUUGGAGACAUCUUCCUCCAUGGUUUCCUGGGUAAUGAGAAGUCCAACAUACCAAAAGCUUUCCGCUCAAAGGAUGAGCUGAUCAAGUUUGUCACUAUGGUGAUAUUCACUAUGACAGCCCAGCACUCUGCACUUAACAGUGGACAGUUUGAUUUUGGGGGCUGGAUUCCAAACAGUCCACCGUCUCUGCAGUCUCCUCCUCGAAAGGUUAAAGGUCGUGCGACUGAGGGCACUCUGCUGCACACUCUGCCGGACGUGAACGUCUCGGUGCAGAGCAUGGCCGCCGUCUGGGGUCUGACCAGAAAACCAGAAGAGUUUGUAUCUCUGGGGAAUCACACAGAGCAGUACUUCACAGAGCCGGACGUCGUGGCCGUGAUCAACGUGAUGAAAGAUGAGCUGAAACAGCUCAGUGAGAAGAUAAAGAAGAGGAAUGAGGGAAAGGAUCUGCCCUACUGCUACUUGGACCCGGCCGAGAUCGAGAAUAGCAUUGCUAUUUGAUAAACAUCUGCCAAGCUGCUGUCUGAACUCUUCUAGAAAGAAGAUCAGUGUCUUUUUCUAAUACAAUAAUGUUUUCUCUACACAAAUAGUUCACUGUACUCAUGCUUCAUUCUGUAGUUCUCAUAUGCCCAUAUUUGUGGGUUCUGUUUGGAGGUGGUCUGUGGAUUGUCCUUGACUGUUCUCACCAUUCUUCUUCUCUGCCUUUCUGAUAUUUUUCUUGGCCUGGCACUUCUGGGCUUAACAAGAACUGUCCCUGUGCUCUUCCAUUUCCUUACUAUGUUCCUCACAGUGGAAACUGACAGGUUAAAUCUCUGAGACAACUUUUUGUCUCCUUCCCCUGAACAACUAUGUUGAACAAUCUUUGUUUUUAGAUCAUUUGAGAGUUGUUUUGAUGAGCCCAUGAUGCCACUCUUCAGAGGAGAUUCAAAUAGGAGAACAACGUGCAAUUGUCCACCUUAAAUACCUUUUCUCAUGAUUGGAUACUCCUGGCUUUGAAGUUCAAAGCUCAAUGAGGUUACCAAACCAAUUUUGUGCUUCAGUAAGUCAGUAAAAAGUAGUUAGGAGUAUUCAAAUCAAUAAAAUGAUAAGGGUGCCCAUACUUUUACAUAUCAAUAUCUCCUCCUCCAGCUCUGAGGGAGUUUUACAGUCUGUCUCUCUAUAUGUUAUAUGUUUCAUGUUUGAUGUUUUGACCUUUUGAGUUUCUGUCCUGCUCUCAUAUUUCUAUAUAUACAGCUCUGGAAAAAAUUAAGAGACCACUUCAGUUUCUGAAUCAGUUUCUCUGAUUUUGCUAUUUAUAGGUUUAUAUUUGAG